ACGCGCUCGAGGAGGUAAACAUUGUACAGUACGAUUGGCUGGCCCCGAGGCGGCGGGUUCUUCGGUUUUCCUUUCUGGCUUUCUAUCGAGAAGAUGAUGAUGAUGAAGAAGAACAAGUAGCAGUAGUAGUGGAAGAAUUACGAGAGGAAGACGAAGCAGAAGAAGAGGAUCUUUUUAUUUGCAAGUUGUCGCGCGAUCGUGCCAACGACGCUGUCUUUCGCCCGCGAAUUAUCACAAAACUGACUCGAAUCUAUUACCGCCACCGUAAUCUCGUGGAUGUCGCCGACGAGGCGAAGAACAGUGAUAAUAACGAGCGUCUGGAUUUCGUUGGAUUGUGCCAAAGUGUAACGUGGCCGUGCAGCAUCCUGUGUUCGAUGUUGGCCUACUAUCAGACAGAACCCAUGCCGAAUCCAGCGACGAUGUCGGUGCCGAGUGGCAUGGUUGCCGCCGCCGGCGGCGGCGACGGCGGCUGUCUGGACGAGGUAAAGCCGGUCAAGAAUCUGGUGUGCAGUCCAGAUCUCACGAUAUUUGCCGCACCAAACUGCAGUGGUGCGGAAAUCGGCUCGGCUAGCCCGACGACGAUGACGUCAACAACAACGGCGGCAGCGACUACGACGAUAACGACAGCAGACGGCAGCGGCAAGUACCAAUGUCUGCUCUGUCAGAAGAGCUUCCCGCAAAAGAGCAUGUACCAGAGUCACCUACGGUCCCACGGUAAGGAUGGCGACGGUCCUUACCGCUGCAACAUCUGCGGCAAGACGUUCGCGGUGCCAGCGCGGCUUACCCGCCACUAUCGCACCCAUACCGGCGAGAAGCCGUACCAAUGCGAAUACUGCAGCAAGUCGUUCUCGGUGAAGGAGAAUCUGAGCGUGCACCGGCGUAUCCACACGAAGGAACGGCCAUACAAGUGCGACGUGUGCGGCCGCGCGUUCGAGCACAGCGGCAAACUGCACCGUCACAUGCGUAUCCACACCGGCGAGCGACCGCACAAGUGCACCGUGUGCUCCAAGACGUUCAUACAGAGCGGCCAGCUGGUGAUACAUAUGCGCACGCACACAGGCGAGAAGCCGUAUGUGUGUAAGUCAUGCAAGAAGGGCUUCACCUGCUCCAAACAGUUGAAGGUCCAUACGCGCACCCACACCGGUGAGAAACCCUACACCUGCGACAUCUGCCGCAAGGCUUUCGGCUACAACCACGUGCUCAAGCUGCACCAGGUGUCACACUACGGCGAGAAGGUGUACAAAUGCACGAUCUGCAACGAGACCUUCGGCUCCAAGAAGACGAUGGAGCUGCACAUCAAGAAACAUCCGGACUCGGCGGCAGUAGUCACUGUCGCAGCCGCGGUAACGGUAGCCGCUGACACUGCAGCAGCGGCUGUAGCAGCAACAGCGACUGCUGCCGGUGGCUCGCUUAUCGAACCGGACAUCGAAAUCUCCCGGGGCGGCCUUGGCAGCGCGGUCGCGAGUCCAGCUCUACCCAGCGCCACCGACGACAAGGAGAAUCUGAAGACUGAAGACAUCUAUCUCGAGUCGAGCGCGUACGCAGUUCAGCGAGAUUUCACCUACUACCUGUACCCCGGCAGCAGGGAGCAGCAGUAUGCGACGCAGCAGUCGGCGGCGGUGCCGACGGCGGUGCCGCCGGUGGUGCCGCCGGUGGUGAGCUCGGAACCGGUGAUGACCGAGAUCGACGAGAAGCGCUUCCAAGCGACCGUAAGAGUGAGCUCCCCUCACAUAUUGGAGCCGCCUCACAUGUUUUUCUUCCCUGAGCCGACAUACACCGGCUUUGGUCUGGCCGCUGUGGACGGCAACGUUGAUCUCGACGCCGACUGCUCGUCCUUGUUGAAUUUGCCUGGUAACGAUGCGCGUCGUAGAGUGGAAGCCGCGCUGGAAGCCGUCGAAGUGGAACACCAGCGAGAGUACGGUGGCAUCAAAGUUGACCCGCUACUCACACCACCGAGCAGCAAUCCCGAGAGUCCAGCGUCGUCACCCGAUCCCUUGGACCUGGCGAUACCUUCGCGAGAGACGCUGAUUCUGCCGCCCAGGAAGCGCAGCAAGAUGAUCCUGCAAUCCAUGGAGAGCGAGAGAAGCGGUCUUAUCGCGGCCGUGCAGAGACAGAGCUCCGUCAUCCAGUUCGCACGAGCCUCAUAGUGAACGUACGCGCACAAGUACGCGCGGGCGAAGCGUCGCGAAGGCUCCCGAAAGCUCCGCGAGUCGUUCGGUGCGAUGACGCCGAGCCAGCCUGGAGAAAGAAAAGUCGGAGCAAGCUUGGGAAUGUUGACGCGUUGGAGAUGUUGUUCUAAAAUAUUUACGACGCGAAUUGUAGCGACGGUCAUCUUGGAACUCAUCAGCCACUCGGAUUCGGAAAACGCCUCUGGUAAAUGAAAUCGGACAGCGGAGAGGACAGCUUAUUAUACGUAUCUCUCUUGGGCGAAGCCUCAACAUAAACGUACAGGCGAGUGUAUAUUGUUGCUCAUCCGACGUCUAAUAUCCAUUCACAAACCACGCUCUCGAGCUGUCGAGGAGAAGCUGAUCGCGUGCUGGUCAAACGUGAGAUCGCGUUCGUUACUUAAUGGUAAUUAAUAGUAAUUAAGGCAGUCUCUGGCAGGCACUGCACGCAUAUUUUCCACGUAACAGCCCACGGGCGACAACACUCUCGCGGCCAUAUCCUCGAUCUUGUUCGAUCGCUCUCUGCGAGGCUUUAACCUUACGUAUAUGUCGGGAGUGUACAUGCGCGGAGAUGACGCGAGAGACUGGAGGGACUUUCUUGACCGCGAGGGGGGAGGGGCGGUUCGCUGAUCGCUAGCAUGCCCAGUCUUUUUUAGCUGAUGUACCCUACGAUUAUCAAAUCGAUAAAAGAACAUAAUUCUGUGAAAUCACAUUUUCGAAAUUAAAAGAAUUAGAAAAACUGGGACAGGUAGAAAUCCAAGAGAUAAACUACGGCAUCUCUUCAACUUGUACUUGUUCAGAAGGUGAAGACCUCUUUUUGUGGUGAAGCCAAAACACAUUUGUUAUAAAUAUAAAUUUUACAUGUAUGUAUGUAUAAAAAAUAUUUUGUUACGGAGAUUUUUAUCAUUUUUAUGUUCCGACAGAUGAAAUUUUUAGCAAAAAAGAUAAAUGGCAAGUUUUUUAUGUUUCUUCAACAUUGUAGCGAUUCACUUACGUCUUGUCUCGUAAAUACUUGAGAUACCAUGGCUUCUAACGUUCCACUUAAUAAGCAGGGAAAGGUUGUGCGAGCUUCGACAACUGUGAAUCAUUCCAACGAGAUAAAAAUCAUCAAUUGUAUACACUUGUGACACUCAACUACGGGUGCGUAAAUUUACUCUACGACAGUUGUUGCCAACAAUCGGGCAACAAUUGCAAAUAUAAAUGCAUUUAUUCGGCCAGUUUUUACCGCUAGCUACAAAACUGCCCCAAUACCGCGGUCAAUGAUCGACCAGCGUACUACGCAAUAAUUUACCAAUAUGUCGUAUAUAAUUGCAUAAGAAGUUAGAAGAUGAUAGAAGAAGAGAAAACUCGGCCAUCGAAUUAUAGGUUCGUCGUUCACAACAUUGAGACCCGGAAUGAUAAUUCGCGUGUUCUUGCGUGUAUUACCUCAUCGCCGCACGUGCGCCAGGACGUGGGCCACGACGGCGAGUCGUACUCCCCGCGUCGUUUAUCUUUCCUUCGAGUAAUUUAUAUGACCCGCUUUUGGGACUAACUUUUGACGUGUCGUGUAUGUCCUGUGUAAUUGUAUAAUUCCAUGCCGAAAGAUCGACUCGCGUCGACCAUGUUGGAUGUGCUCGUGAAAGUCGAAAGAACAUCCAAUUAAUCACUUGCCAGCCUUAAAAAAAAAGAAAGAAACAAACUGACGGUAGUCUACCUCGUUAGCGUCACAGUCCGGUCGCCUGAAGUCCCAGUGGCUAUCGUUCGUUGCCAUCACAGUCGAGUGCUUUUAUCAGCAAAGUGAAUGAAUUUUCCGUACGGUAAUUUACGGGGACUGAAUUGUUAGUCGGACAUCCCUUGGUUUCAAAGGAUGUCCUUUGGCCAAUUUGUCCUUAAUGUUGUAUUUCCGGUACAGUGACACGCGCUCGUCGACCUUAACUUACGGAUGUAUUCGUGCGAUGUUAUAAUUCAUCCUAGAAUAGAAAGAUCUAAGAGAAAAUACAAGCUUUCAAAAAAUCUUAAGAAACUUUAUCGAGAAUUCAUUUUGUCAUAAGAAUUGACACCGUGUUCGAAACAAACGCAUUUUCGCGUUUGUUCUCAUUAUUAUCGCGUUCGGUCAAGCUCGUAUUUCCGUGUAUAUGUAAUUGAAAAAUUAUGGCUCGCUCAACGAUGACGUCACUGGGCUCUCCCAUGUAUCAAACGUUUAUCCGGACGGGCGAAUUUUAUCCGUCGACAAUUCAUCAAGAAAUUUAGAUAAAUUUUCAAGGACUCUGUGUGUGUGUGGUAUGUGUGUGUGUGUGUGUGUGUGUAUGUGUGUGUAUGUGUGUGGACGAGUUUUGCCAACGUUAACUGUAACCGCGUAAUUUACUUCAGUUCUACGUCCCUCUGCCAGUUUUCGAAAGAGACUCAAUUAAAGCUAAGGUCAAAGUUAAAAAUUUGGCGAAGCUGUUCGUGAGUCCUUGAUAUCUGCGGAUUUUCCUCCCGAAAGGCCAUAAUGUCUCACGCGCUUUCGAUUAUAUAGUAUAAUAUAUAGUAUAUUAUAUAGUAUAAUAUAUACAUAUAUUUAUAUGUAAAUAUUAUAUGUAUAUUAUACACACACAUACACUAUAUAGACGGCUUGCGUAUAACGUGCGAAACCAAGACAAAUCGAAUCGACGAUACGAGGAAGGAUAUCUGUCCUUAACGAUAUCGUCGGAAUUGUUUAUCGCUUUUGUGAGAAUUGAAAAUCGAUCGUUAUUUAGUACGUGGAAAUUAGUGUGUAAUUAUUAAUCGGCGUAGCCAGACGAUACCGCUGCGGAACUACAAAAAAAAAAGAAGGAUUACAGUUUGCAUGGGAAAGAGAGCGAACAAAGGGAAAGAAAAGUGCACCAAACAAUUUGAUAUCUCUGUGAUAAGAACUCCAUAGUACCAGAGUAUUGAGCGGAGCCGAGCCCACUGCCAGUACAAGCGUAUAUGUGCACAUGCAUGCUAAUGUAAUGCGAAAUUACACAUUGUACAACGAUGUGAGGACGAUACGUUAACACACGGCGAAACACCGUUUGCUUUAAUUCGCUUCGGACUCGACUUUAACAUAGCUUUCUCGCUGUCUGAAUUUCUCUUUUCUGCGCAAAUCCUUGAUCCUCGACGUAUCUUCAUUGUUUUACGCAACUGUCGACAGAACAGAACUGCCUUACUAUUCAUUCAUUGAUUAUUUUUGUUGACCGAAAUGCUCUUUGGUAUUUGAAAUCACAAACGGUCACCCGAAUGAAAAUUCAUUUUGUGAGUAGGCAAAAGGAGCUUCGCCGUAUGACCAUCGAAAACAUAAGAGAACAUUCGCCCGUUCGCGACGCCUGGCUACCAUAACAUGCGUGUACAUAUAUGCGUUCACCCAAGUUCAAUAACAAUAACGAGUAGCAUAUAACUUAUAUGUAUACAUUAAGUGCGAUUGCCGCGAGGACGCACCGCGCGGCCGACUCUCGUUGCUCGAUGCUCGUUGCGCUAAAAACGGAUAUAUGUGCAAUUGUAAUUUUAAGGUCUCGUUCGGUCUCAGCUCGUGUUGACAAAAGUUUAAAAGAGGUUGUGAGGCACUCUGAAGACGUUCUAAUGUUCUCUCAAGUGUCUUCCAAACGUUUCUGAAAUUCUUGUGUUUGAAUGAGCGUCCUCUUUUAUACUAUAAUUAACAUUCGUCGAGAGACAGCAAUCGAUUUGUCGCACCAACGUAAUGUCACGUCGUGACGUAGUAUUCGCUCUCGAAUCAGAUUUGUUUCAAAUUGAAAAGAAUCUUCGUGAGAGAAGGGGGAGGGGAGGAGGCCGUUAAUCAAUAUAUACUCGAUUAAUUAUUGCAGAACUUGGAAAAUACCAAAUUUCUGAUGCAGACGGGAAGCUCAAUCGCUAUCCUGAUUGUAAUUGUUAUAGCAGACGUAGGCCGCGCGGUGUAAUGCAAAUCGAGCGUUAAUUAAGUAUUAUAUUAACAACAAACGAGAAGGAAUAGCGUAACGACGUCACUAUUGCUAGUGCAUAAUGCCUAUUAUUACAAUUAUCAUUACUAUUAUUAUUAUUAUUACUAUUAUAUUACACGCGCUACGACUAUUUUAUUAUUAUUAUACAUUAUUAUUGUCAUUAUUAAUAUUAAUUAUUAUUUACUGUUAAGCCAUGCAUGCCAGCAAGACCGCCUUGCUCCAGCUGGCGUGUGGAACUGAUUACACGUAAAAAUAUCGUUUUUUAUAAAGAAAGCAAAAAAGAAAAACAAAUCACUACGCAUUUCACACACAUUUCAUCAUCGCAUCGAUAGAAUCAUUAUCCGUUAAUUCCUUUCUCGCGAAAUCGAACGAGAGAGUGAGAGAGAGAGAAAGAGAGAGAGAAUCUUCUUCUCUAAUAACCUUAAAUAGUACAAGCGAUGGCCCUUCUUAAUUUUAGAGCGUUGUAAAAGCUGUACGAAGAAUUUAUUAUUGUUUUUGUAUUUAUAAAAUUUAAUAUAAAUGAGAAUAAAAACUGAGUUUCCAAA